UAGCCCAUGCAUUACUAUUAUCGGAUGCUUAAAAGUCUGAGUACGUUGUAAAAAAAUUGUAAUUUUCAGUUGAAUUAUUAAAAUUUUUAAGAUUCAAUAACUUUUACUUCGUGAUUCCAGAUAAUUUCUGAAAAUAUUCUGUUUUGUUUGAUUGUAGAGUUUAAUAAUUUGCAAAAACGCUAUUAUUAGAGACAAUAUGAUAGAACCAACCAUCUUGUAAUGCUUAAUCUUUUAAUUUUAUUCCUGUGGAGAGAAAUAACUCUUUCAGAUAUUUCGAAAAAUUGUUAAAUUAUUCGGUUACAUAAUCUUCUACCUAAACUAACUUGAUAACCAUUGUGUUUUAAUUAGGCCUUUGUCAUUAUUUCUGUCUUCAAUUUGACAAAAUCCAAAUUGGCUCUCAUACCAUACAUUAUUCGACUAUGGUCUGACACCAAAAUCAGUCUUGCUAGGGCCGAGGUUUAUGUGAAUAUUAUUUCUAUAACUAAAACAUGUUUUAGAAACUUUUAUAUAUUACAUGAUCAGUCUUUUUUAGCCAUGAAAGAAAUGGAAAGAAUGAAAAUUUUGGAGACGAAAAAUCCAAAUAAUGCUAUCGAAAUUGAAAACGCAUCAUUUGGGUGGCUGAUAAUCGAUGCAGAUUAUUUUCGGGACAGCAUUUUUGACAUACUCGCUCACAGGAAAAGUGUUAAGAAUUCAGAAUGGUCCAGAACGACGUUUUCAUUAUCUGCUCUUCCGGAAAAUCGUACAUACGAGUCGGAAAAGUAUAACUGUGUUCUUCGGAAUAUCAACAUUAACAUAUCCAAGGGAAAGCUUGUGGCAGUCAUUGGAACGAUAGGCAGCGGAAAAAGUUCCCUCCUCUAUGCACUUAUUGGACAGCUAAAGUUACUUUCCGGAAGUAUGGCGAUUCAUGGUACAAUAGGCUAUGUUGGACAAGAACCUUGGAUUAUUAAUGACACUUUUAAAGAAAAUAUUCUCUUUGGAAAUAUAUAUAAUGAGAAAAAAUACAACGAAGUCAUCGAUCAAUGCUGCCUUCAGAUGGAUUUAUUAGCAUUGCCCAUGAAACAAGACACAGUUUUAGGUGAACGAGGAGCAAUUUUAAGCGGAGGGCAGCGUCAGAGAAUUGGUUUGGCUCGAGCUGUUUAUAGCAACCCCGACGUUCUCCUGCUUGACGAUCCACUAUCAGCUGUUGACUUGCUCGUCAGUCAGACAUUAUUCGAUAACAUUUUUAAGCAAGCUGUACUAAGAGGAAAAACGAUAAUUUUUAACACCAAUCAACUUCAGUUAGUGUCGAGAUGUGAUGAGAUAAUUUACAUGAAGCACGGACGCAUUGUUGAGAUGGGCAAUCAUGAAGUUAUGAUGGAGUCCAAUGGCGAAUAUGCACAGUUAAUCAACACUUUCUAUAGAAUGGCUGAAUUUUCUGCCAGUUUGCCUGAUUCAGAAGAUUUUCAAUCAUCCUUAAAUGAAGACCCUGACAGCAAUGAUAUUCUGAAGAGGAGCUGGAGUUUUGACAUCGAAGACGAGUACCAACAUACUUUUAAAAGUUCAACUUAUUGCGCCUACAUCAAAGCCGCAGGAGGAGUUUGCGUGGCAAUAUUUAUAUUCAUCAGUUUUUUAAUUCCAAAUGUUUCAUUCUUCAUUAAUGAUUAUUGGCUCUCCCUCUACUUGACACCUGGCUUCUAUGCUUCAAAUUCAUCGAAGUCUAAUUCGUACCGAAGCAAAUUAUGCGAGUAUCUAGAGCCCACAAAAUUUAUGUAUAUUUACAUAGGUAUUGCCAUUUUCAGUGUCAUUUCCCUCAUUUUUCGCGGGUGGCUGUUUGUGAAGGUAACACUGAGAGCGGCCACGAAACUUCAUGACGGCGUGAUGGAUAAGCUGAUGAGAGCACCAAUGUCCUUCUUUGAUGUCACUCCUGUUGGCAGACUCAUAAGUAGCUUUUCUUCAGGCUUGGAUGGAAUUGAUGUAAGGUUGCCCAUGCAGUUGGAGGAAGUAAUUCAGAAUGCAUGUUCUGUAAUGAUGUGCAUCGCUUCAGUUGUCAUAACAUUUCCAUCCUUCCUAGCAGUAGUAGCAUUUCUCGUAAUCGUUUUUUAUUUUGUUCAAAAAAUGUCUCGCCUGGUGACGCGACAGUUGAAACGGUUGGAAAGUUCGACGAAAUCUCCCCUCUACAUGCACGUCUUGUCGACUAUACAUGGUUUGGAAACCAUUCAAGCAUUUAAAAAAACUAAAAUGUUUGAUGAAAAAUUUGAAAAACUGGUAAACAGUCACAUAUCUGCAGUUUUAAUGAACUCGUCUUUCAUCAGAUGGAUGACUCUGAGAUUAGAUAUCUUAGCAACGUUUUCUACAAGCAUGGUUGCUCUUUUAAUAGUUCUGUCGAAGAACAACGUUUCUACAGCUAUGGCAGGUCUCGCCAUAUCUUACUCGGCGCAGAUGAGCACAUUUUUCCAGCACACCGUACGGCUGAUUACUGAGGCUGAAAGUAAAUUCAUAUCAGUUGAAAGACUUCUUAGUUGGGCAAAAAAUACUCCCCAAGAGGCGCCUCUCAUAAUAACAUCUCGCAGACCUCCAGAUGGUUGGCCGAGUGAUGGAAGAAUUGUCUUUUCCAAUUAUUAUUUGAGUUAUCAAAAAAACUCCACUCAUGUUUUGAAGAACGUCAAUUUUACUAUUAAUCCAAAGGAAAAAGUUGGCAUUAUCGGUAGAACAGGAUCAGGGAAGUCUUCGAUAGUGGCUUCCAUUUUUCGAAUAUUUGAAAAAACAAGAGGAUCUAUAUUGAUUGACGACAUAGAUAUUUCCGAGAUAGGGUUAUACGAUCUGCGAAGUCGAUUAGCCAUAGUACCCCAAGAACCCGUGCUGUUCAGUGGAACUUUAAGAUAUAAUCUUGAUCCUUUUAAAAAGUAUACAAAUAAUGAACUUUGGUCGGCACUUGAAAAAUGUCGAAUUAAACAAAAGAUUUCUCAUCUGAAUGGUCAGCUAGACACAAAAAUCAUUGAACAUGGAGCUUACUUUUCUCUGGGUGAAAAACAGUUAAUAUGCCUAGCAAGAACCCUACUUCUACAAAGCAAUAUUUUAAUUAUGGACGAGGCAACGUCAGCUAUUGAUCCUGAAACUGAAGAUCUAAUUGACACCGUAACACAACUGUAUUUUUCCUCGAAAACAGUUCUGACAAUCGCUCACAAAACUAAAACUGUCAUGAAAUGUGAUCGGAUAAUGGUAAUCGACAAUGGACAGGAACCAAAUUUGACCCCGGUAUCCAGACCAACAAAAAAACUAAGAGACCCAGGUGCAACACACAUCCAAUUCCUACGAUGGCUUCUCGAGCGAUGUGUCGAGCCACCACUCCAAUGCCGAUGCUGAAUAUUGAGUUGGUCAUGCCCAACGUGAUCAUGUUGUAUCCGAUGUACUGGACGCCAACUGUGCAGCAUAUGAAGGACUGUUGUAAUUGUGGAAUGUUUUGAAACAUUUUUUGAGAAAAAUGUUGGCACACAGUGGCGGAUCUAGACAACUUUGCCGGGGUUCACAAAAGUUUUUCAAAAAAUAUUUGAGACUGGGGGAAAAUUUAAAAAAAAAUGUUUAUGACCAGGGGGUGAAAAUGAUUUUCGACAAAAAGUUGAUGACUGGGGGGAUUUUUUUAUACAACUUCUUCCGCAAAUUUUCCAAUUGUUCAGUUGUUCAGCGGGGAACAACAUUUCUACGGGAGGGGCAACUUUUUUGGUAAUGUCAAUUUUUUCUUCAAAAACACUACUUUUUUUCUUUAAAACAACCACUUUUACCAAUUUUUUACAUAAAUAACGCUCACAACGCCAGUGUCCCCGCCCUCCCCACCUUAGACCCGCCACUGUCGGCACAUCAUUAAUGCAUAAAUAUAUCACUAUAUUUGUUUUAUUUUGUCUUAACUAAAUCUAAAUCUGGAAACAUUAACCACCCCUCUGAUAUUCAAAACAAUUAGCUACCGUUCCACGAUAUUAUUUUUUAUGAUAUUAAUAUAAACUCUGUCGUAGUUGCAGCUUGUUGCAAAACUUACACCGAAUAAAAGUAACGUAAGAAAGCAAAAAA